AAUAUCUCACCAUUAUUGUUGUGGAGACGGUCGGCGGUUGACGACGCGACGUAUAUUGCUUUUUCAUAAUUUUUGUGUGUGCUAAAAAAACACUUUUAUUUUUUGCAAAAAAUAAAAAGAUAUUUUUUACAUUAUUUAACAAUAAAGCAAAUAAAUUAUUGAGAAGAUUAUUUAUUACAACAAAACGUAUUUGACGAAAAUGUAAUAACUAAAUAAAUUGUUGAAAAAUCAGUGUAACAAAGCAAAGAAUGUGGGAAAAGUCAAGAAGAAAGAAUAAUUUUUACUUUGCGUAUGUUCAGUGCAGUGGAAAAUUCAAUAAAACGCAUUAGUAGCAACAACAAAAAAACAGCCUCCUACAAAAAUAAAACCAACAACAACAAAUGUAUACAAAUGUCAAACAAACAAACAACAAUAAAAACAACGACAACACUGAGUAGAUAAACAAGAAUCGACAUCCAAAGAAAAAUUAAACACAACAACACAUAAACAAUAUUAUCAAUUUGAAAUAAAAAAAUAAUAAUUAUUUUUCAAAUAAACAUAAAAAAAUGAAAUACGAAAAGGAAAGAUGCAGUUAUUGAAAAAUUGUCAAUUUGUACUGACGUAUCAAUAUUAUUCUUAUCAAAACGCAAAACGUUGUAAAACGCCUUCUAAUACUUCCAGACGAUCAAGAGCGUAGUCAAGUUGUUGAAAUAAUUAAAUUAAAUAAAAUAAUUUAAACAUAUCCAUCCAUAUAAUCACAAAAUAAAACUUCAAUAUAUUGGAGUUUUAAAAUUAUUUUGCUGCUGCAUCAUUUAAGAAUCAAUUCGCAAACAUGGAUUGGAUAAUAAACGAUGAAAUGGGUUUGACCGUUGGUCAUGUUGUUGGUUGGGCUGCCGCUUCCGCCAUGGUAAUUGGCGGUGUGAUUCCCUACGUACCACAAUAUCUAGAAAUUAAAAAGACCCAGGAUGCCGAGGGCUUCUCUUUGCAUGUUUGUUUUGCCCUGCUUAUUGCCAACUCAUUGCGUAUAUUAUUUUGGUUUUCCAAACGUUAUGAGCUUCCGCUUCUCGUCCAGAGUGUAGUAAUGAAUGUUACAAUGUUCCUAAUGAUACAUCUGUGCGUUAAGGUUAAACGUGGUAAUGCCAACAACAGAGAACGCACAUUUUUAGGUGAUGAUCUGCGUCUACCGAAAGCGGUAAUGACUGACACUGAUACAGCAGGUUCAGUUUCGAUAUCCACGGAAGCUGGUCCAUUAAAACGUGCCCGAUCACGGCAUUAUUUAAGUGAUCUAGAUUUAAAGUAUUUUUGGAACUGGACAGAUUUCCAAUCAUAUUUGGAUUUUAUGCUUGUUGUUUGGGCAGUAGGAGCUGCCAUAACAUAUCUUAUGCUUUCUAUUGACUGGUUUAUGGAAACAGUUGGUUUUGUGGCCGUCUUUACAGAGGCCAUGUUAGGAGCUCCUCAAUUUGUACGAAACUUUAAAAAUAAAUCUACAUAUGGCAUGAGUAUUCAUAUGGUACUGAUGUGGACACUGGGUGAUAUGUUUAAGACUGGUUACUUCAUUGCAAGAAAUGCGCCAUCACAGUUUUGGAUAUGUGGCACAUUACAGGUGAGUCUUGAUAUUGCCAUAUUAAUGCAAGUAUGGAUAUAUCGUCAUAACUCGAAACCACGUGAUGUGCGACGCGGAGAUUAGCAGUUUGCCCCCGAAGAACAACAACAGCAACAAACAGAAAAUCAACAACAAAAUUCACACUCUAACAAUCUUAACAACAACAAUUCCGACAGCAUUAGUCAAUCAAUACCAAACACAAUUAGUAGCGGCAGCGGGGAUGACCAUCUCUUGACUGCCCACGCCGAUGAUGAAUUCAAUAAAAACUAUCACGACAAUCGGGCAUUUCAAUAUCACAAUAACAACUCACUGAACCGUAAGGGAGGCAAAAACAUAACAACCAAACAAACAACCAUAACCAAAGAUGAUGAAAAAGAUAAGAACGGCUUAGAUGUACUUGAUGUGGUUAUUGUCCACAAGGGCUACAGAAACCUCAAAGAAGAUGGUGGCAUAGCCAAUAAUAUAUGCUCUUGUAAGCAACAAAUACUAACGACACAAUUACUAAGUGAACCAAGGAAACGGCACAAUGCCACACAGACUCCUACAUCAUUGAUUAAUUGGGAACAACGUUCGGCAGAACGCCGAUGUAGAAAGAACGAGCCGCAUAAGCCGUGCUACUGUUGUGAGAAACACUGUAUGUGUUUGGCGGCAUCAAAGAGAAGGGAUUAUUGUAAUUGUUCAGAGGUUCAAAGGUGCCAACAACACUGCCAACACACUAUAACACCUACCUCACAUUGUUGCUGCUCCGCAACGCACUAUCCUCACUACUGUACGGGUCAUCAGUAUGCAGCAGUAAUGUCAGGAAGUGAUAAGGAUGCACCAGCUGCAAUAACAGAAUUUGGUCAUUUACCGGUUUGUACUAAGGACCGUAGUUUUAAACGUCAUAAACGUUGCUCUUCGGGACGCCAUUCCCGUCCGCCCCACAUGUAUCAUCUACAUAAGAAGCACUGCUCCUCUGUGGGCCAUCUUCCAAAUACUUGUACUAAGUCUUCCCUGGAUUCUAGUGACGAUCAAAAUCAAAGAUUGUCGUCUUCGGGCGUUAUGCAAGAAAUUGCUAUAGAAAUAGAUGCUGCUACUAUGACCGAAGACAAUACUACAACAGCUACUUCGAAUUUUGCUUUUAAAAUGGCAGCCGAUAGCGCAUUAGCUCCCAUUAUAAGAGCUCCUAUUCACGUUGAUAGCGAUGAUGGUGGUAGAGGAAAACGUCAGAGGCGAAGAUCUUCAUUGAACUCAAACACUACCAUUGAAACUGAUGAAUUGUCCAACGAAGACGUAAUGGAUACGGAUAUGCGCCGUUAUAUGGGAGGUGGUCGAUGUUAUUGCCAUUGUUGUGACCAUAUGUGCAAGGACUCGUCAGCCGUUAGGCCCAUACAAAAUGAAUGUGUUAAAAUAAAACGCAAACGUUUCAUAGCAGCAGAUGACUAUUGUAGUAGCUGUUCUAGAUGUUCUAGUUGCUCGUGCUCUCAUGUACAUUCUAGUAGUUGUAGCAGUUUUGAAGAAUGGCCUUUAGAAGGUCGACAUUCCGUUCGUUCAGCACCACAUGGCUCACAUGCAUUCACAGUGUCUGCUGAUUGUCAUCAUUGUCAUCCACAACGACAAACUUCCCAGACGAGUACAGAAGAUUUGGAAGGCCAUGAACUCGACUUAAAUGGUGAAGUAGAGGAAGAGGUCCAACCGCAACCUUUAGUUCAAGAAACCACCGAUAGUUCUGCUCGUACUAGUCGCCGCAGCAGUGUUAGCAUUAGUUUCUGUUCCUGCAACUCUAAUACUUGCUGUUACUGCAGCGGCAGUUGUGAAGAGUCGCAUACUGGUCAUAUGUGUACUGCCAGAGAUGCUACAAUAGCCUCUUUAACAUUAGGUAAACUUGGUCCAUUCGAGGGUGAAGAGGGUCACUCCAGUACCUUAACACCACUAACGAAUCCCUCCUCUGUGGUAUCUACACCCGGAGACGAAGGAGAUAUUACCAUACGUAGCUUAAGUAAUGCAUUCUCUGAAGAUACAUCUUCCCAAAGUCACUCUGCCGAAUAUUUUUCACUAUCCUCAACCAACCAAAUAUCACAAGGAACGCCUCGUAAGUUACCGACAACAGAUAACAAGAAUUUGUCCACGCCAACUACUGGAACUUCUGCUAGUACUGGUAUACCUAAUGUUGCGGUAAUCGACACAACUACUAAUACGACCUCAAGUCAGGGAGAUAAUGCUAAUGGCCAUAAAGGACGUAAACCUUGUAAGCACUAUAGUAAACAUCAUCGUCACAAACGGGAGGAUUCACCAGUCGACUCUUACUUAUGA